GAAUAUAUGAGGGAGUCAUGCCUGAGAAAGAAGCCUGGGAGUUUUGAGCAGAGUUACACGGCUGAGGAGUGAUCGGGCAUGUUCUCAUAAACCCUGUGCUUAAGGAUGGUUGAUAAAGGGCCCUUACUGACCUCGGCUAUCAUCUUCUACCUGUCCAUCGGGGCUGCAAUCUUCCAAGUGCUCGAGGAGCCAAACUGGAAACUGGCAGUGGAACAAUACAAAGAGCAGAAGGAGAAGAUCCUGAGAGAUUACCCGUGUCUUACUAAUGCAGAUCUGGACAAAAUCCUGGAGGUUGUGUCUGAGGCUGCGGGACAAGGAGUCACCAUCACAGGAGACAAAACCUUUAACAACUGGAACUGGCCAAAUGCUGUCAUAUUUGCUGCUACAGUCAUUACAACUAUUGGAUAUGGCAAUAUUGCCCCCAAAACCUCAACAGGAAGAGUUUUUUGCAUUUUCUAUGGACUAUUUGGUGUUCCACUUUGUCUGACCUGGAUCAGCGAACUUGGCAAGUUUUUUGGUGGAAGAGCAAAACACCUUGGGCAGUAUCUUACCAAGCGAGGCAUUUCAUCGAGGAAGGCACAGUUCACCUGCACAGCCAUCUUCCUGGUAUGGGGUGUACUGAUUCAUUUGGUUAUUCCCCCAUUCGUUUUCAUGUCUCAGGAGGGUUGGACCUACGUAGAGGGCUUAUACUUUUCCUUCGUCACUUUGACAACUAUUGGAUUUGGUGAUCUUGUAGCAGGUGUUGACCCCAAUGCAGACUACCCCACUCUGUAUCGCUACUUUGUUGAGGUGUGGAUAUACCUGGGUUUGGCCUGGCUCUCCCUCUUCUUUAACUGGAAGGUACGGAUGGUCAUCGAGGCUCACAAAGCUCUGAAGAAGCGUCGAAAACGGCGCAAGCUCUCACUGGAUGAGUUCCAGCACUACAAAGAUAACCAAAAGGCCUUGCAAUUACCACCUGCAGGCAACGAUGUCAACAUCUUCAGCUUCCUGUCCAAGAAAAAGGAGGGCUACAACGACCUGAUCAAACAGAUCGGUACCAAUAAAGGAGAUCAGUGUGCCAGUACCAUCAGUACUAAAAAGCAGAAUGAAUUUAUCCGCUCCAAGAGCUGCAACGAUGCAGUCUCCAUUAACGGAAAUGCAAUCGUCAACCUAGAGCAAUCGCCCCGCCAGAAACGGCGCUACAGCUUCAGUGACCGUGUCACAGUGGUCUUCUCCAAGUCCAAAAACUACCUGCUUGGCACAGAAGAGGGUCCACUCCUGAAUGAGAUGCAGGUUGAGGGUGAGCUAGACACAGAUGUGGAGAGAAUGUACGAGAAUCAGUUGGAUAAAGAGGAAGGAGAGGAACACAGGAACCUCAGGCAUGGGGGCUGCGGUCCUGGCCGUCACAUGUGGGACUCGUGUGAGUAUCAGCCUGUUAUUUUUCAAAAUGCCAACAUCACCUUUAUUGAUGAAGAGAACCUGCUGAACAGCAGCCUGGUGGAUGAGGACGAAGAUGAAGACAUCAAGGUCAAGCUCUCGACCUCGGAUGAAAAUGGUGAGUCUGAUACUGAUUCCAAGGAGGAGCGGUGCUCCGAAUCAGAAGGAUCCGUGUUCACAGACAGAUCUGAUCACACUCAUUCCUACGAGCAGCUUGUAGAGGAGUAUGCCAAGGAAAACAACACUGAUGCCUGAUGCAUUAACCUAUCAGUGUUUUUUUUUGUUUUGUUUUGUUUUGUUUUUCUUUUUUAAAUUAUGGACAUUUUGUGCAAACUUGAACCCUUUUAUUUUUGUAUCCGACCUGAUCAGAGAAACAUAUCGUAAUCCAUUUCACAAUAUUUGUGCUGCAUAACUGUUGUUGAUAGCGUCUGUGAAAUGCAUCUCCAUCAGUAUUACCCUGAGCAGACAUUGUAGGUCUUGCAAAAGAACAAGCAGUUGUCUUACUCCACAACAGCCCAAUUAUUGGGGGAUGACCAAAAUGUCAUCCAGUCUAAACUGUAACUCUAUGGACAGAUUUUCGAAAGGUUGAAAUUAAGACUGCUUGAUUAGUUCUUCACUUAUUCUGUGGUUUUAUUUCUAGUUUUUGCCUAAUAGAGAGUUAUAAUUUAUUAAAUUAUGGCGGGGGGGAUUAACUGUAAUGAAGAGCAGAAUCAGUUGCAAACUGGUUCACAGGACAUGAACAGUAAGGUGAUUCCUUUUAAGAAUUGCUCGCGGUUCUCACUUUUAUUCACCAUAUUGGUGGUUUUAUAUCUACAUGAUGAAGGACAAACGCAUUCCACCCGCAUUAUGUUUUGAACCAUUUUUAUAGGUUUUGGCUUUUUCAUUCAUCUAAUUUCCUGAUUGAAUUACCAUUACGAGUCUGAGAGCCAAGGCUGCACAUGCUUCCUCUGAGGCUUGUUGUGUCUUUUUUAAGGUCCCUGACAUUUACAACUUUCACAAUUUUAUUUGUGAAUUACUGUGUGAAUGCAGUCAGUCAGUUGCAACGCUCUGUUUGUGGACAGCAUUUUGCACUAGUCUGAUUCAGUCUGAGCCAUUAAAGACAGCUUUGUGCCGUCAGUCAUGUUUUUGCUGGUGUACUAUUCAUAAUCCAGCCUGAGUCUCUUCCAUGCACUGUUUUCAAGCUGAUGGACUCCUUUCUAACAUCUUCAUACAGGAAUUAUUAUUAUUAUUAUUAUUAUUAUUAUUAUUAUUAUUAUUAUUAUUAUUAUUAGUGUGCUAGUUGGAUUUAAUUGAUUAUUUGAUGAUGGUCAUGGAUUUUUCCAUUGUCACAAGUUUUUAAGCUCGGACCUGCUCAGGCUUAUUUAGCAUAAACAAGAUUCAUGCAUUUUGACAUUUUUGCCCAUGUUAUACUAUGUGUUGUGCCUAAAAAAGCCUUUUUUGUGCCGUACGCUUUCGUUCGUUGACUUGCCGAUCCUGAGAUAUUACCUCAGUUAUCCCAGAUAAGUCAAUCUGGUUCUAUUAGUUCUCAGGCGUGUUCGAAGAACAGAACUGUCACUAAUAGCAAUCUAAGAUACAUGAUGUUCUCUUGAAUUUGCGAAGCAUCGUACAAAGAAUGGAACUGAAGCCAGGUUGUUGUUUUGCAUUUUUUUCCCCCCAGCAAAGGUUAUGUGAAGUUUGUUGGCCUGUUUUGUCUUAAAUUAAUGUUUGUUAUUAUUGGGUAGAGCAAAUAUUUAUAUGCGCAGUCUAGACGUGUCUGAAACAAGGACAGACACGGAGUUGUCAUUUUAGUAGGGACUAAUAAACAGUGCAAAAAUAGUGCUAAAUGAUUUUACAUAAACCUCAAAAACUGUAUUAAUUACUCCUAGUUAUCAUUGAUUAAUUUUCCAUUGAAGGUAAAAAAAAAAAAAAAAGGCAUUUUUACUACGUCUUAUCAUAAUGGUGGUGUUUAGUAAAUAAUGCAGAAACCACCUGUUUCUUUCUCAUCUUCAUUUGCAUUGAGAAUGUAGGGUUAAGCGUGUAACAUUUCUGAGCAAUGCCAAACUUGUAGCCACAACAAUGUGCAAGGCAAAAUGUGGAUAUCCUGCUUGUAAUAACCUCAGCUGGGGAGUGUGUCUCACACAAGCCUCUUGCGUCACGGUGCUAGGCAGCACCAGUGCGAGGAAAACGGCUUCCUAAGUGGGUUUCCCGUUUUAGGUUAAUUAUACAGUGCACAUCCCUGAGUUGAUUCAUCCUAAUUUUGCUUCCUGUUCCAAGAUUCUUUCUGUUCGCUACUAGUCUGGAUUAAUCUAAUGAUUUUUGUGUUCGUACACUGCCUCACUGUGUUACUGUUAUAAAUGCAUUUGCUACCUUGAUAUUUUAAUUGAUGUCCACACGCCAAAGCCUGUAAUCGUCAGUAUUCUGUGAAAGUGUAAUUGAGCACAGCAAUCCUCUGGUGAACUGCAGUGAGAUUGUAAGAUCGCAUAUCCACUUAGGCUUGUUUGGAUUAAUUAUCAGUGCUGUAGCUUUUUUCCAGUGCCGUUCUCAGGCAUGUUAGGGAAGCAAAAUUGUUCCAUGAAGUGCUUGCAAACAUCCUGAACAAAAAUAGAACCUCUUUCAGUUCUCGCCCAGAUAUUUGGUGAAGACUCGGUCUCGCACAAGAGUGUAGUGUAUCUUGUAUGUAAACACUGGGGAACUGCUGAAACAUAGCCACCACUUCGUUCAGGCUGUAACCUUGUAGCCUUGUAAUCUGUGUUUACUUUUCCUGCACUCAAAGUGACACGAGUGGCCAUAAACUUUACGCAGGUUAAAAUGUGACCGUUUAAGUGCAUCGUCUUGAUGCCAGACAGGAAUGUUGGAAAUGUAGUUUCUGGUCAUAAUGACAUUUACAAAAUUAUCAUGUUCUUUUAAGACUAAGUGUUACUGUAAAUGGAUAUUCAAUUAAUUCAUUUAUGUCUGUUUUGUAAUGCAUGCAAGUGGUGUUAUUUACUGACUCUUUCCAUCAAGUGGUCUCUAUCAGUGCCUUAUCAGCUUCUCUGUUUGAAGCUUUGUGUUCAAACCACAUCAUAAAGAUGAUCAAUUGAAAAAUAUUUACCUAGGACAUUUCUGUCCUGUAAUCCUCUAGGAUCAGGUACUGUAGAAGGUUGCCUUGUGUUUCACUCAAUUAAAUGCAGACAAAAACACUUUGUUUUUGAGUCUGAGGUACUUCUCUGGCUCCUGAAGGACUUUGCAGACAAUUAAAAUCGAGUGAACUCGAUCGUAUUUAUCAUUUCCCUGACUUGUAUUAUGCACACUCCAGCAUGUUGUAAAAAGUUUUUGUUUUUAAUGUGAAAUUUUUUGCUUAAAUUUUAUGCUGCUUUUUUUUUUUUUUAAAAGAAAUAAAAAUUUGAGAAUACACCUCUGUGUGUUACCAGAUGAAUGUGUGAUUCAAUGAAAUAAUCAUUUGUUUUGAGUUUCUUAACUUUGAGUGCACAUAUCAAGUAGUCUAAGAGUAUGUGGCGUUUAAAUGUGAGGCAUGCAUGAGGUUAUAUGAUCUCUAUUCAAACGCGUUUGUCUCACACGUGACACAUUUUAUGCUGUAAAAAUGCCUUGUCUGCAUAUCUUCUGUGUUAUAUUGUGCAAUAGUCCAUAAAAAUCAGCUUGGUUUGAAAUUAGAGAUGUAUAUUCUCCUAAAUAAUGACUAAAUAUUUGGUAUGUAUUCUGUAAUCUGUCGCAGUUUUCCCCUGGUUCAGUCCUCUUAUCACUUAUAAUCCACAGCUGGAAGAAAACCGUCAGAGCGUUUGGACUCUAAAUGUUUACUUUUCCGACACAUUCCUCCUGCACUGAAGUGCCAGAGAUUAGUCAACAUACCAGUGGUACAGUGCGAAGCUGCUAUGCUAACUGGACACAUUGUCCAGAUGUGGUCAAGUGAGAAAUCCACAUCCACUUCUGCCUGAGCAAUAUAUAUACACUCUGCUGAGACCUUGAGCCCCGAUUGCAUAAUCUGGUAAAAUAGGGACGGGUUUACUGUUUGUUUAAAGCUGAAACUGAACUUUUGGCACUCUGCUUACAGUGGAGUGAAACCUGUUUCAGAGGCAAGUCAAAAGUGGCUCUCGUACAACAAUGUGAACUCGAUGGAGCAUUAAAAAAAAGUCAGUUGAAUAUUGCAAAGCAUAUCAGUGUACUCUUAGUCUUAACCAAAAUAGAUGAGAAAAGAGGCCAGUGAGAGUGGACUGAGUGUAUAUAUUUAUGUAGUUUACUAAUUUGCCCAGCUUUUGCGAUUUACUUUUGAAUCUAUAUUGAAAAAAGUCAUUCACUUACAGUACAAUUGUUUUUACACACCAAAAUUAUUAAAUUAUUUACUUUUUUUUUUUAUUUCACCAUUUUUUCUCUCUCUCUCUCUCUCUCUGCUGAGCUUGUGUGCAUACCAGCUUAAAGAGAAAAUUUCAAAAUAAUUCUAGUUCACGUACGAUGUAUAGCUAAAGCAUGAAAUGAGUGCUGACAGGAAUGAAUGCAGGAGUCACAAGACUGAAACUGUCACGCUGUCUCUGCAAUGAGGGCAAAACUGUAAAGAGACUGAGAGAGCGGUUCCAGGAGUUCAUCAUGUCUAUUAACAAAGGCAUUUUAGAAUAAAAAAGAUUACCAGUGUUUUUUUUUUUUUUUUAAUAGGUCUUUUAGGUAAAGAUUAUAGACGUGUACACGCAAUCUUCUGAUCCUUAAUAAAUUCUUUGCAUAACUGAAGGUUUUGCUGUGACACAGAAUUCCACGUAGAACCUCUUUAGGAAGCAUCCAUAUGACCCUUGAGGAACGUGUCACGACUAAGCUUGAUCUGUCUGAAGAAAUAAAAACACUACAUGUAGUGCAUACACUACAUUUGUGGCAUUGUGCCAGUUUUAAAGUAAUGACUCAUAAUCGCACCAUCUGGUGUUGCCCAGAGGAAGAUAGGUUCCCUUUUGAGUCUGGUUCCUCUCAAGGUUUCUUCUUGUUGUCUCAGGGAGUUUUUUUCUUGCCACUGUCUCCUCAUUAGGGGUCUAAAUCUACAUCCAUAUCCAGAUUUCUUUGAAGCUGCUUUGUGUGAGUGUCCACUGUUAAAAGCACUAUAUGAAUCAAUUGAACUGAAUUGAAAUUGUGCACAAAUCACAAUAG